UGGUCUCCUCUCCUUCUUCCGAUCGCUCCAGCCCUUCCCCGCUUUCCUCGUCAGGAGUACUUAUGUCUGGUUUCAGGAGGCUUUAAAUGUUGAACUUGAUGGGUGUUUUAAACGCCACAGCCACCAAUGUCUCCUGUACUUGUAACUGCAAGCGCUACACCUCCCUCCAGAGCAUGGAAAUCACCCAGCUGGAGUUCAUCCAGAUCCUGGUGAUCGUUGUAGUGAUGAUGGUGAUGGUGGUGGUCAUUACCUGCCUGCUGAACCACUACCGCCUAUCAGCACGCUCCCUCCUCUCCAGACAUGCCCCCACACGCCGGAGACACCUUCCAUUGGCCAACGAGGGCGGUCUGUGGUCUUCUGAGGGCACCGGGACAAACAGUGGUUUGAAUGAGCACCAGGUGUAUAACCCACGUCCUCCAGACAGAGGGGUCCCCUCGUCCUACCUACAGCGGGAGCCUCAGCACGCCCAGUCCCAGUCCCAGCCCCCUCUCCAGUCCCAGCGCUUCCAGCACACAUAUGCCCCGAGUCGCUUCCAGCCGACAUAUCCCUAUCUGCCCCAGAGCCUCAUCGAUCUUCCCCCCACUAUCUGUCUCUCAGACGGGGAGGAGCCACCGCCAUACCAGGGCCCCUGCACCCUGCAGCUUCGAGACCCGGAGCAACAGAUGGAGCUGAACCGCGAGUCGGUCAGAGCACCGCCCAACCGAACAGUGUUUGACUCCCACCCCCUCGACCCGUCCAGCUCCUGUUUGCAGGCUAGUCUGCAGGCCCCUCCUCCGAGUGUCCAUCCAGGCCUCAGUGUGCUAGAAGCCCAGGAGUCCUUGUCCCGGCAGCAGAAGCAGGGCUCUCGAGUAGAAGGAGCUCCACCAGCAUACAGUGAGGUGAUUGGGCACUACUACCACCCGACAUCCUUGACCCCCGGCCACAACCAUCGGACUGUAUCGUCCUCACAAACACCCCCGUCCUCGUUUAUACACGGUCUGCUCCGACCUCCAUCUCAGCAGCAAGGAAGUGUGGACAACAGGAAUGCGAGGAAUUCGAAGGAGAAAUCCCAGAAGCCCCAACAGGUGUGACAGUACUGAUUCAUUAUUAUUAGCCUGCAGGAAAACCAGGAUUAUAUCUGCUCGCCACUUGGGAAAUGGUCAGUAAAAAUGAUGAACAAACUGGUCAAUGGUAAAAUCCACUCUGAAUGGUUUAAGUGCUGGUUCAUGUUGGUUGUAAUUGUUGCUGGCAUGUGGUCAGUUUCAGUUUCCCCACUUCAUGGAUUGCGCCGGGACUGGGAAGCAGCAUACGCUGGCUUCUCGUUAGGUAAGAACACCUGCACAUUUGCAGGAGAAAAUCUGGUACUUCCUGCUCCACAGCUUCUUCCUGUUUGAGGAGCACUUCAGAUGAACCGAUGAUGAUGUCAGAGAAGAAGGGCUGAAGGUGGAAAGGGAAGGAUGGAGACAGAAGCCUCCUUCUUUCCUCCAAAUCACCCCUCCUCUAGACUGAUCUAACUAGUCUCCAUUCAUUAUAUAUAUUUAUAUGUUCUGUUUGUUUCUAUAGAACUUUUUAUGUCUUUGUUUGUCUUUUUCGCACUUGCAGAAGAAAUUCUAUCCAGGCAAAUGUCGAAAUGUUGCAAUCUUCUUGGUUCUUCCAGGUUUUGUUUUCUAGUGAUACUCCCCCUCGCUGCUUCGACUCCAUUUAGUUCUGUUUCACGUUCAAGACUGCACAAUCCAGCGUUGGUAGUGACUCCUGCACGAGGCUUUAGCUGUUUCACUGGGACCUGUUAGCACAUUAGGAUAUAUCCAGAAAGAUCCAAGUAUAGUUAGUGUUAUCUAGCUUACCACUUGUAGCACAGUGCUAGUCCUCGAGCUAAACGUUCUGCCUUAUAUCGACCAACCGGUGCAGGAGUUGUUGCUAAAAUCCUUUUUUCAGUCUAGUUUAGUUUUAGCCUUUUUAACUUUAUUUUUUCUAAGGAAGGUUUGCACAAAGUUUAUGACUGUUCACCACAGAAAAAGAAAAAAAAUCUGCAAUAUGAUUGACAAGAGAGAAAACAGAAAGUAGGGGUAUUUUUCUAAACUUGAUAGAUUUGUUUGAGUAAAAAUGUUUUUUUUUUCUGUUUUUAUAUGUUGUCUAGUUUUAGAAAAAGAAACAAACAUCAGUAAUCUGUUGGGGUGCCAACUUUCACAUUGAACAUUUUGCUACAUACAUGUUGGCAUGUAUAUACAUUACAUAUUGAGUAUAUAUACACACAUGUAUGCAAACCGAGAGCGAACUUAAAAAGCACGAAUUUAGAGUUAUUUAUAUAAUUGCUGAAAAGAAUUGCACUAUGUUUUAGGAUGCGCAGAUGGAACAUGUGAGAGAGACUUUUUGUUGUGAAGGAGCUCUGUCUAUUGAGGCAUAGGUAUAACGAGAGAGACCUGAAACCACAGGGACUUACCAGAGGGUCGGGCCAGCUCAGUGCACAGCAUCCAGUAUCCCGAUAACACAUCAAGGGGAGAUUCUGACUUUUGUUCAAUGGACUCGGAUCAACCAUUAUUGUACCAUUGAUAAAAAAUUAUAAAUCCCUUGUUUAUGCAAAUGUCUGAGUCCUGUAAGCCAACCACAAGUCAGCAUUCAACCUGUGGGCCCAAUCAGAAACUCUGCUUGUAGCGCUCUCUCACUCUCUCAUCCUAUUGGCCGAAUCAUUAGCCAAUCCCAAAGCUGGCAGUCCUUACCUCGACCAAACAAGCCAAGCACAUACGAGUUUGCUCACGUUAAUCAGACUUUGUCGCAUUGAACAAAUGUCUGAACUAAUCAAGACAAUGUGUAAUGUAACAGUAGAGUAGAGUGAAGUAGAGUAGGAUGUAACAGAGUUUGUUUCCUGCUGUGUGUUAUUUUAUUUGAAUGUCAGAGAGAGAGAGAGAGAAUCAAUGCAGAUCCAGUGACACCUAACAUCCUCUUUGUAGAGCGCUACUCGGCAGGAAACCAGGUCGCCCUACAGGCCCUGAAUAAGGGAUACACUGACUGUGCACUGCUUUGGCCUCACACGCCAACACAUGCAGAUGGUAGAGCAACAUUUGUGGUCACACACAGCAAAUUUCUUUUAAAAUUGCGUUUCUUCUCACUUCACACACACACACACACACACACACACACACACACACACACACACACACACACACACACACACACACACACACACACACAGCCCCCCUCUAGCAAUCAUCCCUCUCUCUGCAGGCAUCUCUGAGCACUUUACUGCACCAGGAAAGAGACAACAAUCGUCUGUCAGCCAGCGCCGGCCUUGGCUCACCGCCACACGAAAAAAAACUUAAAAACUACGGUAGAAUCCAUUUAUAUUCUAGAUUAGAUUCCCCAACCUUUAGGGCCACACUUUUAAAAGAUGCAAAGAGAUGUGCUCCAAAACUUUAAAUAUUCUUCAAGUGGAAAACAAAUCAAAACCGCGCUACGUGGACUCAUUGAUUUAUCGUUCUGAAUUCUAUAUGAUCUGUAAAUGUUAUGACUAGGGCUGGGUAUCGUUUUAAAUUUAGAUUUUCAGUAUCAGUACCAAAAUUUGAGAAAUAUACAUGUAUUUUUAUACAAAACCCUUCUUUUAGUUUAUGAAAUGUUCAAUAGUUUUUACACAAGCAGCAGUUUAAGAAUUUUGGCUAAAUAAAAAACAAUCUAAAAUUGGCAAAACUUACCAAAAAACACACCAAAAAACUAUAGAGGUUCAAUACCUAGCCAAAGUAAUGAAUGACUCACUGGAAGAUCAAAUGAGCUUUUUUUAAAGCAUGGUGGAUAUUUCUGUUUUGGAGCAGAACUCUUUGUGCGAUGAAUGCAGCACAAGAUGGGUUGUUGCAAACUAGACACGUUGAAGUGUUGAAAAGUGACACGAGUGUUAAUAGCAACUCGUCUUUUGUCAUCUUUUAAUGAGUGUAGAAAUAAAGGAAAAACUAGUGUCCUCAAGUAGAAUAUUAGAAUAUGUAGAUGUUUGUAUUUUUGUCUUUUAAGUUGCUGCUUGUAUGAAAAGUGUUCAGUGUGAACUCCACUCUUUUGUUAUGAAUUGAUAUUGAGGGUAUCACAGGUUGGCCCAAAUGAAGCUAGUGCCCUUAAGGGUCCAGUCUUUAUGCAACAGCGCCCUCCACAGGGACUGAACCAAAUUUCCUGAAGCUGAGUCAGCUGAGGAGAGGAGAGAGUCAAAUGGCCAAAAAAAAUCAUUUUAUAAUCCUCAUAUUCUGUCUUUUCUUUCCCUCUCAAAUGAAUCGCAGGUGUUUCGGAGCUAAUCAUCUGUUUUCUGAAAGAUAAAUCCCUGGUGAUCUUGGAAAAGACCAGAAGGUCCUUUAAGAACAUGUGCCAGUAUUUUGAAGUUAUUUCCAGAAUCCUUAAAAAGUCAUCUAACCAUCUGGAUAAAAAAAUGUUUAGUCCGCUGUACAAUAAAUUAUUUUUAACUUGUUUUCCAUGUUGCGACUCUGUUUCCUAAUCCAAACAAAGAUGGUAACCAGAAGUGACAGUUAAAAAUCUUUUCUAUUAUGCAGCAGACAAAAUCAUUUUUAUGAGGAGUCUUUGAGGAUUCUGGAAAUACGGUAUCUUCAAAACAGAGUGGCAAGUGGCAACGACCAUCUGGGAUUUUUAAAGGAAAACAGAUGCUUAGACUGAGUGUAUUCUAAACAGCAAUGAACCUCUACAUUUUUGGGGGGGGGUAUUUAGAAAAACAGGCUCUUCCUCAGAUGAACAGUGGAAAUUUUCUGUUUCUCUGCGAUACAAAAAAGACAAAAAGGUGAAAAAUAAUCAAAAUAAUUUAUUUGCGGUUCACCUUCCCUUUGUCUUGUUUACUGUCUCUCUUUCUUCUUUGUUCAUGAGCUGCACUGUCAUUUUAAUUAAAUACAUAUUAAGGAAAAACAACAUAUAAAGAAAUUAACACUUGACCCAAAGCAGCUAAAGAAGUGAUGAGUGGAUCAAUCAAAGUAUGAAUCACCUUUGACCUCAGAAUGAGAUUAUAAGCCCUAUAAGUCCUAUUGACCUUCCCUUCGCUUCCCUUUCCUGGACUGUUUCCUUUUUUAAAUGGUUUGGUUCCCUGCAAUGGAGGGUUUGCAGCGGGUAUGAAAAGGCUGGACAGGCUUUGAUCAGGGCGUCACAGUAAAAAAUGAGAUCAAUGUAGGAUCAAUCUUUACUUCAGGGAAACCUGCGCUGGCUGACAAUACAAAAAAAGACAGGAGGAGAGGAGGAAAAACUCCUUCUGAGGCUCAAAUCACACAUUUCCUCACACAGGUGAAAUCUUUUUACUAGCGCUGCUGAUAACCACAUUACCUACACAUUCACACUGGUAUGUUUACAUGCAGAGAGGUGAACACAGUUGUAGUUAUUCACCAGCUUUCAUUGACCUUCUGCUUUUCUGCAACCCUUCAGUUUUCUAUUAAUUUUUGUAGUGGCUCCAGAAAGCUAUGACAGACAAUUUAAACCAAUGUCAACCAGCUACCUAAUUAGUGUUUUCUUUCAAAAUUCAAAUCCUGGGAACCACUGUUCACAGGAUAGUCUUUCUUGAUACAUAAUCACAUGCCCCUAUGUUGAAGUUAAUAUAUUCACAAAUGAAAGCAAUCAGGUCUGUCUGCUAAAAUGUAUCCAAGCCAGUAAUAGUUUCUGUUUGAAGUGGUCACACAUAUCUCUCUGCUUUAAGCCAGUGUGAAGGCAGUGUUACAGCAGAGUGUUUUUGUAAAGUCAGCGGACAGUGUCUUUUCCCAGAGUUUGUGUGUGUGUGUGAGAGAGAGAGAGAGAGAGAGAGAGAGAGAGAGAGAGAGAGAGAGAAAGAGCUGUUAAUGUACUCUGACUUGCCCUGGGAAAGACCUCCAGCUGUCUAGACAAAAACUAAACACACACACACACACACAGAGCAGACUAAACAAACUAAAUUAAGAACUAGACCUUCCACACACACAGGUGCACUUUCAUUCCUCGACAUACAAUUUUUUUCUUAUUGUGGACCACACAAGAUAGCAAAAAUAACAAUCACACACACACACACACACACACACCUGGAUCGCCUCAAGAGUUUCCUCCCCCUUCCUUCUUCUUCCUGUCUGACCGAGUUCUUCCUGUUCCCUAGAGAUGCCUGCUGUCCAAUGACAGAGCUCCUCUCAGACUGGCCCUAGCUGGCAUUGGCUGGCUGUCUUUCGCUCUCCUUUUGAAACGUUCGUUGUUUAUUGUGGUUGCUAUGUCGUACAAGUGUGCCUGCCUAUGCUGAGAAGGGCAAAAUGUGAGCGGCUAGUUUGGGCUGUCAAUCAUCCCAGGCCACGCCUUCUUACUGUCUCAGAUGAUGAUGAUGAUUGGAUGAUGAUUGAGGAUGAUGAAGAUAGAUGUUUUUGAUAGUGAUGCCGCAGAGAGCGUUGCAAUACACCUACUAUUUGCCUUUUUGAUAAUAUUAGUCAUAUUUUAGCGUAGUGUGCUAAAUGUACGUUGUUUUUUUAUUGUUGUUGUUGUUAUUAUUGUUGUUUAUUCACUUGAGAACAAAAAAGGUCAUUUUACUUCAAUCCAUCCAACUUUGUUCUUUUUUUCAUUUGUAAAACCAACUUUGAGAGUGUAAAACUACCUAACACACAAAAUCUGCAGAUCUCUGGGAGGACGUGUAAAUACAAGAAAAUGUACUUAAGCUUUUAAGUGCCCUUUCCAGUUUAAAGAGCAAACGGUGCGAUUUGUCACGGGGUGAAAAAGAUGAAUUCCCCACAUUUUUACAUUCUUCAUUUGAGAACAGUUUAUUUUUAAGAUAGUCUUGUGCACCUCAUUCAGGUCUGAGGUCGUUUUUAAGCACAUUUUGCUCACGCACUUACACGUUCAAGUAUACUUCUUUGUGCAUGUAAACAUCAAGUCCUGGUAAACCAAUUUGCCCACUACAUUCUUAAACAUGACCUCUGCUCGCCCGGCCCAGCGUCUACAUGUGUGCCUUCUGGCGUCCGGGUUCAACAGAGACUUCUGUCUGCCUGUAAGACACGUUAUAGUGCAAUGAACCCCUCAGCUACAUCAAUGCUGUUGCCUUGUGAUACUUAUCAGACAGCAUUGCAGUAUCUAUAAAAUAUUCGGCCAUGAUGUUUGGAUGCACAUACACUGCAGGAAAAGGAAAAAAAUAGAUUAAAUGUGAGGAAUGACAAAAACAGUUCACAGAAAUUGAAAGUUUAUUUUUUAAUGAAUGAACUUUUAGUCUCAAUCUUUAAGUCAACAAGGAUGAUAAGUCCUUAAUGCACCCAGAAGAAAAUGUAAAUAUGAACAUCCACUACAAACGCCAUCCUCUGAAGAAGAUUGUGUGAUACAAUUUAAAGCUCCAGGGCACCUACUGAGUGGUCCCUCAAAAAUAUUUAAUAUGAUGCUACGUCUCAUCAUUUUAGGUAUUUUUACUUGAAUCAGUCUUACUUUUCAUCAUUUUUUCCCCCUUUUCCUAGCAAAUAUGUGCUUCCAUAAUAAUGGGUAUAUAGAUGGUGAAUGUUACAACAUAUAAAUUUUGCUCACUAGUUAGCCUACUCAUGCUGCAUUCCCGAGAUGUCGGAAAAUCUGAAAUUUUGUUAACAUCUAGAAUAUCCGCUGAAGUUGUAUUUUUAGCAUAGCAUGAACUUCAUAUCAUACAAUCUUACUUUUUAAACUUAAGUUUAAUGUGACAAGAAACUUUGACCUAAUAAUUUAAUGGAAUGCAACAGUGGAGCCAACAUGGCUGCCAGGGAAAUGAACAAACAUGGUUUUUCAGCUUGGUCUUCUCAAAUUCUCUGGCCUCCAGUACUCACACUACAGCCCAGUUUUCUGUCCACAGCAUCAUUAAAGACUGAAGAUUAAAGAUUUCCAAAGAAAGAAUCAUCCUAAACGAGACUCUUGUCACUGAAAAACAAGACAAGUGUUACACCUGACUUGAACUUUUUCAUUUUUGUAUUAUCUUUGGGCAAACACUUUGCUUUACAAAUUCCUUUUCGCAGAUCCUGUAACACUGUCCUUCACCUGUAGACAAGUAUUUUUGGUACACAAUAACAUUAACGAGUACUUGUUUGAAAGAAGAUCUUGAAGAAGAAUAACUCAUUAAGAACUUAUACCAUUAAUACUUGUAGCAGACUGGAGGAAGGCAAAACGUAAAACAAACUGUUUUCCCCUUUUGUGUUUUUGCUCAUUCUGCAUCGUUGUGUUCUUUACUGCUCACCCUGCUCUUUGAAUCAGCGCAGCAUGGCGCCUUUCCUCUGACAAUGAUGAAGAAAAUAUAAGUAAACACUCUUUUGGUUGCAGUGUGCAUAUUCAACAAAUCAUUCAUAUCUUACAGGUCAGCGUUCUGAUGCUCGUCCACCGCGGUGACUAUUGUAGAACUCUUCCACUUGUUGUUAAGUUUUAUCCUGCAAGCAUGUUAAAUGUGGGACUUGUACAAUAGAUCAGUUUAUUCUGGUCAGGAUUCCUACAUGCAGCUGGUCUACACUUUUGAGAAAACUAUGAUAAAAGGCUGUGGUUGUGUACAGAAAAAUAUAACACACAAACAAUGAUCAGGUUUUGGAAGAUCUGUGAAAUCUUUACAUUCAGUCAAGACCAGAUGUCAGAUAAAAUAUGUAGGAACCCUGGUCUGUUUAUGUAGAAAAACGUUGAGUUCCCAUUUAAAAUCCAGUCUGUUAUCUGUCACAGCAUGGCUCACAUACUUAUAUAGAGGCCUACUUAUUCUCAAUGAUAAUAAUUGCUUAUUUGUGUAUUAAAACUGUUUAUUUAAAUUUAUAUUGGAUGGUCUACGUGUUGCAAGGUUUGUUAUGUUGUUUUUUUCUUCUCUGUUUGUUACAAACAGAAGACAAUGGUUCGUUGUUGUCACAGAACAUGGUAUGAAUCGGACACAUUUCAGUUAGCCUACUACGAUUUAAAAAAUGAAUAAAAAAGUUUUAUAAAUA